GACAGCCAAGGGUCAGUCCAGCACAGAAGGAUCCCCCCCAAAUGGCUGCUCAUCUGCCCGGGGACCCCAAACACACAUGACUCACACCAUUUGGGCUCAGACGAGUGCCUGUGCAGGAAGCCCCGGGAUCCUGGCACUACUAGGGACACACUGAGCCCCUGAUGUCCCUAACCCUUUGCCAGCACCCUCUGGCCCCACAGAAGCAGCCAGCAUGCCUAUCUCCAAGUGCCUGCAAAGGUCGGAGCCCCUGUGGAAGGGGUGGGACCGGAAGGCCCAAAAGAAUGGACUGAGGCACCAGGUGUACGCUGUCAAUGGCGACUGCUAUGUGGGUCAAUGGAAGGACAACAUGAAACAUGGAAAAGGAACACAGAUCUGGAAGAAAAAAGGAACCAUCUAUGAGGGAGACUGGAAGUUUGGGAAGCGAGAUGGCUACGGCAUCCUCAGCUCUCCUGACCGAGAGAAGGGAAAGUAUAGGAGAGUAUACGCUGGCUGGUGGAAAGAUGAUAAAAAAUCGGGCUAUGGGAUUCAGUUUUUUGGACCCAAGGAGUAUUACGAGGGUGAGUGGUGUGGCGACCAGCGCAGCGGGUGGGGCCGCACUUACUACGGUAACGGCGACAUCUACGAGGGCCAGUGGUUGAAGGACAAGCCCCACGGGGAGGGCAUGUUGCGCCUGAAGAACGGGAACCGCUACGAGGGCUACUGGCAGAGAGGCAUGAAGAAUGGGCCAGGCCGUUUCUUCCACCUGGACCACGGUCAGCUGUUUGAAGGCUUCUGGGUGGACGACGUAGCCAAGUGUGGCACAAUGAUUGACUUUGGCCGCGAUGAGGCCCCUGAACCAACGCAGUUCCCCAUUCCUAAGAUCGAAAUUCUAGACCCUGAUGGCGUGCUGAAGGAAGCCUUGGCCAUGUUCAAGAAGGCAGAGGAAGAUGAAGAUUGAUGCCAGGGAGAAGGCAUGGGGUGAGCUAGAGAUGAAGGCCCUCCCAGGUCAGGCCUACACCCUUUCUGAGGAAAUGGUGCACCAACCAACGAGGAAUGGUGAAGCUUCCUAGAAGGGACUGAGCCAGGUGCUGCUGCAGUGUGGUAGACAAGCCCUGGGGCCACGCCACCUCCUGCCCUAGCCCCAGCUCUGGGCCC